AUGGUCGUCCUCGACGUCACCCCCCACUUUCGACAACUUGUGGAGCAGCGCAGCACACAGAACGGAGCCCAGGCGAGCCAGGGUCAGUCACAGCAAGCCGCCCAGCUCCUACGAUCCCUGGCAGCACGUACUGCCUUCACCAAGGCCGCCAAUGAGAUAGCCCACGACAUCACGGCCCUCCGCCGUUUCCUGCGUGUGAACCAGUAUGCAUACGCCCAGAUAGGCCGCAUGUCCGAGGCGGAGGGCGACCGGCUGGAGGGCGAGAUCGGCUCCAUCGUGCGUGCCUGCUCCGCCAACAUCCAGCGCCUGCACUCCCUGCUGGAGGAGGGUGCCCCCGCGGGGGACGGCACGCCCGACGUCGCCGCGCACCGCGCAGGGGCCGUGCUGGCGCUGUCCGAGCGCCUCGGCGCCACGACGGCGGCCUACGACCGCCUGCGCGCGCUGCGCCGGCAGCAGGAGGAGCAGCUGGCGGUGCUGCGCCGGCGACGGCGCGCCAAGCCCCCGGCGUGCGAUGGUCAGGCCGCGCCGGCGACAGCGAGUCUGGCGGUGGCUGGCGGCGGCCAUGUUGCGCCCAGCGAUCCGGCAAUCCCAGGCCUGCCGCCAGACGGCCACGGAGGGUCGGACCUGCGGCAGCGCGGGGCUCGCACUCCACUCUCCCCGCUGCAGGCCCCGCCCAGCCGCGGCUUUGCAACCUUGGGCCACGCUGAAGCGUCCACCGUCCUCCCUUCCACGGCAUCCCAGCGGCAGCAGCAGGUUCUGAAGCAGCGGCCCGCCGAGUCGGCGGCCCUGCACCGCGAGCUGGUGGAGCUGAGCGGCGCGGUGGCCCAGGCCGAGGCCAGCGUCCGCGAAGUGGCGGGGCUGAACCAGGCCUUCUCGGCCGCGGUGGCGCACCAGACGGGGCAGAUCGAGGCGCUGUACGCCGAGGCGGUGCGCGCCACGGGGCACAUCGGCGCGGCCAACAUGCAGCUCGGCAAGACGGUGGCGGCGGGGAAGGGCGCGCAGCGCACGCUGCUCGUCUUCAUGCUCCUGGCCACCCUGGGCCUGGUUUUCAUGGACUGGUGGCACAGUUAG